UUGCUCCAGGAACGGUCAGUUACCCUGAGGAAGAACGCACAUGCUUUUAUUUACCAUCGCGGCUUAGAAAUGGCUGCUUGUUUGACUGGUCAGAGCUUAUCACGUCUGGGAUUCCCAGAGUUAGGUUUUGACUGUAAGAAGUUCUGUGAUUAAAAGUUCAUAUUUCUUAAAAUUAUGUAGUUCUAAGCUGACACAAAGGUGGCCACAGAGAUGUUCUCUACCUUGAGGAAGCUUGGCUGCUUUAAGAGAGAGCCGAAAACCCCUAUGGGGUUUUGUGAUGGCCCAAGCACCUGGAAGGCGAUCUUGGCAUGUUGUGACUGUAGUCAGGAUAGGUAUGGCCAGCCUUAUGAUCCAGAUAAUAAAUUCCAUGAAGCGGUAUGCAUGGGAAAGAUCAAAGUGAUGCUACAUCUCCUCUCUAAGAAGAAAUUUAACAUAAAUGACCAGGACAAAGGAAAACGAACUGCACUGCACUUCGCAUGUUAUUACGGUCAUCUGCAUCUGGUUCACUUCUUAUUAUAUAAUGACUGCAUGAUAAAUGCCCUUGAUGAUCAAAAGUCCACACCGUUAAUGAAGGCUGUGCAAAGCUGGGAGACAAAGAUUGUUUCUGUUCUCCUUGAUAAUGGAGCAGAUCCCAACUGUAAAGAUUCCAGUGGAGAAACAGCACUACAUCAGGCAGUAUAUGUUGACAAUCCAGAUAUUGCCGCCAGUCUUCUUGAAUAUGGAGCAGAAAUAGAAGAAACUACAAGGGAUGGGUUAACACCUCUUCUGCUGGCACUCCGAGAAAGGAAACUCCUCAUGGUAGAAUAUUUAAUAAAAAAUGGUGCAAAUAUUCAUGCCCAGGAUAAUUAUCAAAGAACAACACUCAUGUAUGCAGUUCAAUGUGAUUCUGAAGACAUUGUUGAGCAAUUACUGAAGAAAGGUGUUGAUCAUUCCUUGAAGGACUCAUUUGGAUGGAGUGCACUUCAGUAUGCUGUGGCAGGGAAACGCAAAGUAAAGAGUAUAAUUUUGGACUAUGAGGACUCAAUCCUCUUAAGUCAACAUGAUUUCUUCUCAAGAAAUCUGCAUGCAGACUUCUAUUCAUCAGGAUAUACGUUCAAAUCUGAGUCUGUAAUUUCUAUAUGUUCAAGAGAGGAGGAAAAAGAAACUUCUGAAAUUCAGCAAGACAUUUCUGAGAAUAUUAUUGAAAAUGGUAUUGAUGACUUACCAGAAGCUUCCAAAAAAUAUGAUAAUAUUGAAGAGCAAAAAGAAGAAUUAGGAUUAGACACAGUACUGGAUUUAAAACUGGAAAACAAAAAUGUUUGUAAUAAGAAUGAAGGAUACCAAAAAUUGGAAAUGCAGAACACUUCCAGGAAACCUGGCCAUUCAUACAACACAGGAAAUAAAACAGACAAAAGUGAAAGUCAAGUGUGGGCUGACAAAUGUCCACACCCAGAGCUUAGGCAUUAUUCUCAUCCAAUCUACAAACCCAAGCCUGAACCACAACAAUCUCAACCAGAUACAGAUUUUUCAGAAGAACUAGAAGAAGAAGAAAUAACAGAAUCUAAACUGGAAAUUGAGAGAAGUUUUGAUAAGGAAAAUAUAGGUUUUAGUGUGUCUAACCCUAAUGGACUGCAUGAAAUGUCCACAGAAGCUCUCCCUUCAUCCUGUAUGGACAAUGAUGCAGUAAAAAAAGGAAUAGAUCAUCCAGAGAAAAAAUCUAUCAUGGAAGACAAAAUACAGAUCUCAGAAGAAGAGAAGGAACAAAAGAGUGUUAGAACAAGCAAGAGGCCAUUUAUUGAUGCUAUAAGAACAUGUUUUUGUGCAUGUUUCACCCUAAAACGGAACGACUCCCCCCUCCACAAGAAAUAGGAGAGAAAACAUAGAUAGAAUUUUAUAAAGCAGAAGAUAGAAUUAUACACUUUAUAUGGAAUAUUCUUAUCCUGGAACUUGGACAACCAUGUCGUGAUUACCUGAAAAUUAUUCUGACCAUCCAUAAUACGACAGUUGAAGAGAAAAAUAAAUCCCUUCCUUACUAAUUGGUUCAAGGAAACUGCAUAUUUAGUUUAAUUUUAUUAUAGUUUCAUAUUAUAUCAUAUUAUUUUCAGUAUUUAUUUUAUAUUCUUGCUUUUCCCUUGUUGUAAAUAUUACUCACUUAUGUAUGCUUACAUACUUUGUUAUAUGUUUUAUAAGGCAUCAUUUUUGAGUGUGUAAAGUUAUUGAAUAAAUAUAGUGGUAUAAUCAACUUAAA